AUGGCUGUCAAGAAGAGCCCUUCAGCGUCCAUCAAGUCCUUCUUCAGUUUCAUCCAACUCCUCUUUUAUGCAGAUCCAACAUGGCUAGACAAGCUGCUCGUUUUCGUUGGCUUCAUAGCUGCAAUCGCUGCAGGCGUUCCUUUUCCCCUCAUCGGUAUUGUCUUUGGGCAAUUGGUCGACGAAAUCAACGACGCAACAUGUAGCAACGAAGCUGGUGCUGGCACGGGGGACAUGUCCUCCAUUACGCCCAAAAUUCUGUUGCUGGUGUACAUUGCUAUCGCUAGCUUCUUCUGCAUCUACACCCACCUCGUGUGUUGGAACUUGGCAUCCCAGCGGCUAGCCCAACGAGUUCGCGAUCGCUACCUCAGGAACCUCUUACGACAAGACAUGGCCUUCUUCGACAACAUCCAAUCUGGAGAAGUGUCAUCUCGGCUCAAUGGUGAUGUCCAGGCAAUCGAGAGCGGUACCAACGAGAAGGUUGGUGUUGCGCUCACGUGCGUAUCCUUCUGCGUGACCGCAUACAUUGUCGGUUUCAUCAAGAACGCACAGCUUGCUGGCAUGCUAGUCGCACUAAUCCCCGCAUUUCUUCUAUCGGCAACGAUUGGCGGUCACUUCGUGGGCAAAUACAGCACGAAGCUUGGCCAGAGUUUCGGAUCAGCAAGUGCGAUUGCUUCUGAGGCAUUGACUCACGUUGGUCUGGUACAUGCUCUUGGUGCUGAUGUAAGACUGGAAGAGAAGUUUCGAGGUCACUUGGGAGUUGCACGAACACAGGGUAUCAAGAAAGCGACUGUUGCUGCCGUGCAGGCAGGUUUGCUGUACUUCAUUGCCUUCUCAGCCAGUGCCUUAGGUUAUUGGCAAGGUAGCCGUAAGGUCGCCGACGCUAUCGAGGGCAAAGGCAAUGCCACAAUCGGAGAGAUCUAUACAGUCACCUUCAUCCUUCUUGACGGUGAGUUAUAUACAUCACAACUCGACUCUUUGCUGACACCAUUCCCACAGGUGCUAUCGUUCUUAGUCAGAUUGCUCCAAUGA